GAGCACCACCCACUCAUACAGUUAUCCAUUCCCUUCAUAGUUCGCAGUUAGCAGUGCAGUGGGUUUGUUUGUUUGGUUAGCGCUUUCCGUCAAUCAAAAUCCGUUGUUUCGUUGCGAAUGGCGUUACCGGUGGUGGUCGACGCAGAGUACCUCAAGGAGGUCGACAAGGCUCGACGCGAUCUCCGCGCACUCAUCGCCGGCAGAAACUGCGCUCCUCUCAUGCUUCGCUUAGCCUGGCACGAUGCCGGCACUUACGAUGCCAAGACCAAGACCGGUGGACCUAACGGUUCCAUCAGGAGCGAGGAAGAGUAUUCUCAUGGCGCCAACAAUGGCCUGAAGAAGGCUAUUGAUUUCUGUGAGGAAGUGAAGGCAAAACAUCCUAAGAUUACAUAUGCAGACCUUUACCAGCUUGCGGGUGUCGUCGCAGUUGAGGUUACUGGGGGUCCCACAAUUGACUUUGUUCCCGGUAGAAGGGAUUCAAAAAUAUCUCCCAAAGAAGGGCGGCUUCCUGAUGCUAAACAAGGUGUUUCACAUCUCCGUGAUAUCUUUUAUCGAAUGGGCUUGACUGACAAAGAUAUUGUUGCACUCUCUGGGGGACAUACGCUGGGAAGAGCGCAUCCAGAGAGAUCAGGGUUUGAUGGCCCUUGGACAGAGGACCCUCUGAAGUUUGAUAACUCAUACUUUGUGGAACUUUUAAGAGAAGAUGCUGCUGGGCUGCUGCUUAAACUUCCAACAGACAAGGCUUUAAUGGAGGAUUCUGAAUUUCGCCGUUAUGUUGAGCUAUAUGCGAAGGACGAGGAUGCAUUUUUUCGAGAUUAUGCUAUAUCGCAUAAGAAACUUUCAGAGCUAGGUUUUGUGCCAAGUUCAAAGGUGAUUUCCCCUAAGGACGGAACCAUACUGGCACAAGGUGCUGUCGGAGUUGUAGUUACUGCUGCAGUGGUGAUCCUCAGCUACUUGUAUGAAAUUCGCAAAAGAGGGAAGUAGACUUGGAUUUGCUCAUCUCUUUUGGAUGGAACAUUUGUGUGACCCAUAACGAGCUGUAUUGGGUUCAUUUUUGCUUCUUCAGUUUCUGUCUUCUUAGAACCAUUAAGAAUAAUACUACAGCCAUUGUGACUUGAAUGAAUAGACUAAAAAUACAACUGAACACUCGGUUUAAGAGCAGCAUAAUUAUAGGUAAUACAAAUUUCAACAUUCCCAGUUUCAUGGUUCUGUGAAAGAAUAGAAAAGAAUUGUAGACAUGCUAAAGGAGACUAAUUUACUCUUUUUGUUAUGGUCGAGGAAACCAGAAUUAUGAAAACCUUUGAAUUUUCUGGAAAAGUUACCGUGCGAUGGAGGUUCCAUGAUGCCUUCAUGCCUUUCAUUACAAGAUUCAAAUUCUCUUUAAUUUGUGUGGAAGCAUUACUUUCAGUUUUAUAUUUGCUUAAGCUAAAUUAAUUUAAUUUACUUGAGCUAAAAUUAUGUAAAAAGUUAGAACUUUAUCUUCUUCUUUAAAUUAUGACAUUUUG